AUGAUCGCCGAUGCAAUAUUGUGCCUUUUAGGAUGCGUGACCUCGUACUCGCUAUAUCCCGAGUCACAUAACGCCCGGCUCAUACGGGAGGAAUCCACAUGCUCGGGCUUGGUAUUGAGAUUGAGGCUCUCAGGCACAGAGUGGCGAUGCAGACGUGGGCUUGCUUACCCGCGUGAGCACGCAAAGCAGCCUACGCUAAGUGAAUAUGUUGUGCAUUUUCUAGGCUACAUUAUUCAUUCCAGGUUCAAGUUUGACAGCCUGAUAGGCAGCGACCGAGACGGGGCGUAA